CAAAAAUCAAAAAAAAAAGUUAUGCCUUCUCAUUCAACAACAACUACCAAAAAGCAGCAAAGUCCUCGUAAACGUUUACAACAAAAUCAACAAAUAAUUCCUUCACAACAAAUUAAAAGGCCAAAAAUAUUUUUAAUUGAAGAAGAAGAAAAAAAGAAAAAAACUUCAACUUCUUUAUGGGUAGAUAAAUACAAACCAAAAACAAUUAAACAAUUAAUUGGGCAACAAACAGACAAGUCCCCAACUAAUAAAUUGCUUGAAUGGCUUAAAAAUUGGGCUAAAUUUCAUUUAAUUCAGGGAGAGAAAAAGAAAGCUGUUAAAAAACCUUUUGGUCCACAAGCUGAUGGUUCUAUUUUUAAAGCUGCACUCCUUUCUGGACCUCCAGGAAUUGGUAAAACAACAGCCGCUGAAUUGUGUUGUAAAGAAUUGGGAUUAUCUUUUGUUAUAAUGAAUGCUUCUGAUGUCCGUAACAAAGCGGCAAUUGAGAAACGAUCUGAACAACUUGUCUGUAACCAAAUGGAACAAUAUUGCAGUAAAGACGGAGCCUCUUCAAAGUCACCAGUCAAAUCAGAAAUUAAAAAUAAAAAACCUUUUGAUCAUCUACUUAUAAUGGAUGAAGUUGAUGGAAUGAGUGGAAAUGCUGACAGAGCUGGGAUGUCCGAAUUAAUUCAAAUGAUUAAAAGAACUAAAGUACCGAUUAUUUGUAUUUGUAAUGACAGACAAUCGAUGAAAGUUCGUUCAUUGGCUAAUUAUUGUUUUGAUUUGAGAUUUCAAAGGCCCAGAGUUGAACAAAUUAAGGGUUGUCUUUUAAGUAUUGCGGCGAAAGAAAAUGUAAAACUAUCAAAAGAUGUUUAUGACAAAAUUAUUGAAGCAUCGUCUCAAGAUAUUCGUUUGUGUAUAAAUACAUUACAAAUGGUUACAUGUGGACAAAUGUCUAUGGAUUUUCAGAAAAAGGAUAUUUUGAUGAAUAUCUUUGAAGCUGCUCGACAAAUUUUAAGUGCGGAUACUUCAUUAAUGUCAAAAUCUGAUCUUUUCUUUAACGAUUAUUCAAUUCUGCCACUUUUUGUACAAGAAAACUAUCCAAAUGUUAGAAAUUCAAAAAUGAAUAAUCUCGACCAUCUUCAAGCUAUUCGACGUGCUUCUGACACAAUUGCUUUUGGCGAUAUUCUUGCAAAACAGAUAAGAACAGGUGGAGAUUGGUCACUUUUGAGGGAACAAGCAAUGUUCUCUUGUGCUUUACCAGCAUUAUUUAUGGACGGGUAUAUGACUGCACAAAUUUCUUUCCCGGCAUGGCUCGGUAAAAAUUCUAAUUUACAAAAACGUCAACGUUUAUUACGCCAAUUAGCUUUACAUAUGCAUUUGAGAAUCGCUGGAAAUAUUCAAUCAAUGGUUCUUGAUUAUUUACCUGUCCUUCGUGAACGGCUUUAUCGUCCUUUAAUUGAAAAAGAUUCUGCUGGAGUCCCUGAUGUUAUUGCCCAUUACAAUUAUUAUUAUUUGGUGAAAGAUGAUUCUGAAGCUAUUAAUGAAUUGGGGGCUUGGCCAAAUAAACAAAACAAAGAUUUGGCUUCUUUGGUUAGCACUAAAGCAAAAUCGGCAUUAACAAGACAAUUAAAUAAAGAAAAACGAUUUUUACCUUUUGCACAACCUAUUGAUAUUAAAACUGGGCGAAGAAAGGGGGCGGAAACGAAAGGGAAAGGUUUGGAAUUUUUGAAAUAUUAUUUUAAAAAAAUUUAA